GUGCGCGAGGCAUGGCGGCGGGCGCGGGAUUCGCGGGCGUGGUACUGUCGGCGGCUUGCGGUGCUGUCGGCGGCUUGCGGUACUGUCGGCGGCUUGCGGUGCUGUCGACGGCUUGCGGUACUGUCGGCAGCUUGCGGUACUGUCGGUGGCUUGCGGGAGCGCUGCAGCGUAGUGUCGCCUGAGAACCGGGCGAGCGUGAAGUUCCUUCUCGUUCGCAGAGCCGGAAAACCAGUAGCGCGCGCAACGGCAAUAAAUUCUGGUGGGGGCGCCAAUCUAGCCCGCCUGGCAAGCCGACCAGGUCACGUGCCGCGCGUUAUGCAGACGCGCCCGACGACCGCGGCCACCCACGUCCGGCAGCCAACAACAGCCACCGCAAUGGCCGACCAGCCGCCGUCGCGCUCGAACACGCCCGCGGUCGCGCCUCCGCUGCGGCGGCCGAUGGACGAGGACCACAUGCCCGCCGUGUCGUCGCCGCUCAACCCCAAUCCCAGCGCCAGCCACAGUGCCAACCACGGUGCCAACCACAACCACAACCACAACCACAACCACAACCACAGCGUCAACCACAGCGCCAACGCCAACCACAGCGCCAACCACAGCACCAACCACACCGCCAGCAGCGACGCGCCGCCGCGGGCACGGGCGGGGAUGCCGCCCCGCGAGCGCGAGCGCAGAGAGAAGCGCGAGACGCUCAAGAAGCGCGAGGCGUCGGGCAGCGGGCGCGCAGGCACGCCAAACGCCAGGGCGAGCAAGGAGCAGCGGCCCGCGGCCGACUCGCCGAUGCGGUACGCCAUCCCCGAGCCCAGGGCGGCCGACUACAACCCGCCCCGCGACGGCGUGUUCCUCUCGCGCGAGCCGCACCCGCUGUUCGCGCCCGACGGCGUCACGGAGCUGCGCAAGCCGCACGACUACGCGUGGAACAAAAAGGGCUACAAGUACACGCACUGCGUCGCCGACCCGCUGUUCCGGCACAAGCAGUUCUACCGCCAGACCGACUCGCGCCCGUACGGCGCGCGCAUGAGCCACGAGGACUCGGACAAGUGGUUCUACUUUGACGACACGGCCACGGUGGUCUCGCAGGAGAGGGGCUGGCGCAUGGGCCGCGCCAACGUGACGGCGCGCGAGGGCCGCCUGUACUACGAGGUGCGCAUCCUGCGCGGGAUCCCCCGAGGCGGCCCGCGCGACCCCGUCGACGCCGGCACCGGCGACACCCGGCCCGGCCCGCACGUGCGCAUGGGCUGGGCGCGUCGCGAGGCGCCGCUCGACGCGCCCGUCGGCUUCGACGGCUACAGCUACGCCGUGACGGACGCGCGGUUCGAGGCGCAGCACCGCUCGCGGGCGUCGAAGCUGUUCCGCCCGCUGCCGCGCGGCGCCAAGAGCAAGCACAUGAAGGCGCGGCCGCCGCACGGCAAGCCCGCGCCCGUCGAGUACGUGACGGACGAGCAGCUGGCCGAGGGCGACGUCGUGGGGCUGGAGAUUGCGCUGCCGAGCCUGGCGCUGCACCGCAAGGUCGUCGACGGCAUCUACAACCCGGCCGUCGACGUCGGCGACGGCUUCGACGCGGCGCGGCGCGGCGACCCCGGCGACCGCCCGGCCGACAUGAUCCGCGACCGCAUCCCCGUGCCGUACAAGGGCAACUUUUACUUUGAGCAGCUCGACUACCAGCUCACCAAGGCGGUCGAGGCCUACCACGACCGCGGGCCCGCGCCGCGCGUGCACCCGAGCCCGAACCACGCCGACGUGGGCGUGCGCUCGCUGCCGCACUCGCACGUCAAGGUGUACAAGAACGGCGUCGAGGCCGGCAUUGCGUUUGAGAACCUGCUCGCCUUCCUGCCGCCCGCGAGCGCGCCCAGUCCCGAGGCCGUCAAGGCCGGCGCCCGCACGGGCUUCGACGACGGCCUCGUCGGCUACCUGCCGGCUGUGAGCGUCUUCAACGGCGCCGUCGCCCAGGUCAACAUGGGGCCGGAUUUCUGGUGCCCGCCGCCGGAAUGGAGCCGCGACGCGCGCAGCGGCACCGCAGAGCCCGCGGCAGAUGGCACCACCCGGCCCCUCCGCGCAAUGUCCGCGCGCUACACGGAGCAGAUUGCCGAGGACGUCGUCUGGGACAUUGUCGACGAGGUCGACUUCUUCGUCCAGGACGGCGGGUGGGCGUACACGGGCGCCGCGCCCCAGGACGUCACGCGCAGCGCCACGCCGCGCGCGAGGGGGUUUGCGAACCCGGACGAGAAUCUCGGGGUCGAGGUCGGGCGACGGUACUAGGCGGUGCGUGGUCCGGCGACGGUAUUGGGUGGUGGGUGGUCGGGCGACGGUAUUAGGUGGUGCAUGGUCCGGCGACGGUAUCAGAUGGUGCAUGGUCGGGCGACGGUAUCAGAUGGUGCGUGGACCGGCGACGGUAUCAGAUGGUGCAUGGACGGGAGUGUCUGCAAGGUCGUGUCAUUCUCAUGUCUACAUACCCAUAACGCCAAUGCGAAGCCAAAAUGAAUACAACGUACACUCCCGCCUAUCGCGGACUGCCCCCCAAUGCGCCAUAACUCCGUGGACUCGCAUGCCGCCCCGUACCCAGCAGCGCGCGCGCCUCGUCCAGCGCCCCGCCCGCCCGCGCCGGGAUCGAGAUCCUCCGACUCCCCCCCUCCGCCGGACUCUGCUGUCG